ACAAAUGCCAUGGAAGCCACCCGCCGGAAUUCUGCAGCAGACUGUGAAAAUUCCGAUCACCAGUUCCAACGUUCUCUAAGAAGAGCUCCUUUCAUUUCCCAUCAGCUCCCUCCUCCGUCACCGAAAUCCAGAGAACGCUCGACGUCCUUGUCCCGAAGUCGACGGAAAAACAAUGAAGAGAAUCAGGGCCCAAAGACUCAGCCUCCAUCGUCGCCGUUACCUUCCAAAGACAUCACUAAGAAGCCAGAAGUGACUUCCUUCGGCAAGAUCUUAGGCAGUAUGCCGUCGUUGCGGGCCUCGUACCUCUAUCAUCGAGCGGGAAGAGAGUCGCCAGCCGGAAUCCACCCGAGCAGCAGGCCUCCUGCAACGGAGAUGCCGAGAUACGGCAAGGGGAAGUCUCUCGCCUGCCCGGUCUCCGCCUGGGCGCUGUCUCCCGGGAGGUCGACGCCGCCGCAUACGCCGAGGAUGAUUCCACCGGUGCAGUUGACGCCGUCAUCGGAAUCGGCGAGCUCCCGCGGGGAAAGACCGAGGCCAAGAAAAAUCAGCAGCGUGUUAAGUUUUUUCCGGCCGAGGAAGGCGCCUUCCGGCCAAGAGGAUGCCAUGCAGCAGCUGCGUGUGCUGCAGACCAGGUUGAUUCAGUGGAGAUUCGUGAACGCAAAGGCACAAGCGGCGAUACACGCCAGAACGAGGGCCUCGGAGAACCAAACUCGGAUGCAAUGGCUGUUGAUCUCUCGCCUGCGGAACUCCAUUACGGAGAAGAAGAUAGAAGCUCACAGGUUGAGGCACGAUAUCAAGCUAGACAGGCUUCUGGAUUCUCAAAUGAAGUGCUUGCAUGAGUGGGAGAAGAUGGAGAAGAAGAAUAUGGAGGCAGUGGCGAGAACAUCAAGACUUCUGGAGGCAAUAGUUGCAAGAGUCCCCAUUGUUGGAGGUGCUAAGGGAAAUGUGGGUUCAAUUCUGCGCGUUAUGUACGUUGCAAUGGAUAUCAUGGAAAAAAUUGAAGCAGCAAUUGCGAGAUUCUGCAUAAAGACAGGUUUCAUGGGAUCAGUUGUCGUUGAGCUUGUAAAAAUCACAUCCCAAGAGAGGUCAAGUUUAAAUGAACUUAUGGGCCUUAUAUCCACAGUGGCAUCACUGGAGGCCCAGGAAUGCAGCGUAAGAGCCCAUCUUAUUCAAGCAUCUGAAGCAACUAAUUGAUCUAUACCGGAGUUCACAAAUGCAGCAGCCAAGUAUCGAAGAUAAUCUAGUUUUGUAGGUACAAAAUUCGAUUAGUAGCUAACUGAAGUAGUGCACUCGAUCAAUCUCGAGUACAUUUUAAAACCUCACUGCCUUCUAAUUAAGCCAAGAUGUAUAUGAAAAGAUAUUCUUAAGCUACUAUAAUCUAUUACUGUUGAUGUCGACGAAUUGCAUUUAUCUGAUUAUCCACUCAACUAAAAAUCCAAGUAGUUGAACUGUCCAAGGAAAACAGAACAUGGCAUGCUGCUGCUGUGCGGCCAUUUAUGUCGUCUUUCUUAUCCCUUCUUUUCUUCUAUUUUUCCAAAAAUGGUAGCUACCUCAGCUUCGUUGAGAAAUUAAACAAGAAAUAAUAAGGCACUUAGCCGCCCUCAAUCCUUCAUCCAAAAAAAUCAUUCAAGCCUACCAAAACGGACUGUUGUUACUUCAACUUUUUUUUUCUUAAUGUUUACUUAGAAACCUCCAGGACCAAAUGAACAUCAUCUGUACGCCAUGAGAUUCUGCUGAAAACAACAAGAAGCAGUUCGUCUCGAUCCUCCCAUAUAGUCCUUGCAUCUCCCCAUUUGAGCCACUCUCCGUUCUCCCCCUGCCUUCCUGAACUUCAUUAACCGACCAUGGCGUAUCACUUCCUGAACUUCCGCUGGUGGGCACAGCCAUGUGAUGACCAUGCUGCUCCUCUGGCCGUUCACGCCGAAGUUUUCUUUAUGGGGACAGACACUGAGAUCUUCGCGCGAGCUCACAACGUCUCCGCCACUUUUAUUCUCUCGGUUGAGCGAGAUUCUGUUGCAGAGUCAGUCGGUAGGAGAAAGCCGUCCGGCUCGUAAUGGGCAGGGCUGCCGGCGUUCGGCGGUGGACGACGCCAAGGUCUGAUGAGGACAGUCUUCAUGGUCGCAUUGUAGAGGAAGAUCCACAGUCCACACACCUAA